AUGAGGAACAAUCCAGGUGACUUCCGGCUGUGGCGAAUCAGGAAAGAUCAAGGCCCUGGAAGCCCAAUACGAAAGGCCCUGCUGCCCACCCCCGUCGAUGGCUACAUGUACACUUUCCUCCCACCAUCGCCCGGGGAGGAAAUCAAAUCGUCAGCUAUUCAUGUGGCCCGUGUGGCUUCCGAUAACGCAGAGUCACCUCUCAGCUUCUUUAUCGUGUAA